AUGGCAAGAUCAGUUCUAACAAUGAAUAAUAACAUCAUAAUGCCAUCGAUCUCUUUUCAUCAAAGAACAUUCGGACAAAAUAUUCGAUUAGAUGAUAAUGGAGUAAGAGCCACUCGACAUACUUCUUUUGAUAAUGGUGUUACAUUUACAAAUAAACAAAUUAAGAUGAAUGAACGUAUUCAUAUGAAAAUUAUUGAUGUAGAUGAAACAGGUCAAUGGUUAGGAUCAUUAGCUAUUGGAUUUACCCAAAUCGAUCCAGAUUCAAUUCAAAGAAAAGAUUUAUGUAAAUCAUCAUUACCAAAUCUUUGUUUUAAGGAUGGAAUAUCUUAUAUUAAACGUAUUUCUGAUAAAUUAACAAGACAAAUCAUUAUUACCUUUUAUUAUAAUCAAGAUGGAGCAUUUUAUAUCUUGGAUGGCAAAGAACAGGAACUUAGUAAAAAUAUUGAUUUAAAAAGACCGUUAUGGGGUAUUAUUGACAUCUAUGGCAACGUUAAAGGUGUUGUAUUUACUACACCAAUGAAAGCACCAGAUAAUAGUAAAUCGUUUUUUAAUAAAUACGAUCAAAAACCAGAUCUACUACCAAUUUGUCACUAUAAACAUUUAAAAUUUGGUGAUCUUCAAUCGAUUACUUUUCAUCAUAUACAUGGACUUGAACUGGAAUUAUUUUGUCAAAAUAAAGUUGCCUUUCGCAAAAAUGUUCCAGAACUAGCACGGCCCUAUGUAUUUAUUGAUUUACCAAUGGCAAUCGAUGAUGAAUAUUAUCUACGUAUUUUAUCUAUUGAUCCAAAUUAUCGAACUCCUGGUGUCAUUGGUUUCACCAAUGUUAAUCCAUCAAUUUUUAAUGAAAAAUUUGAAUCCUUACCAUCUGUUGAUCCAAUGGGUUUAUAUGAUCGUAAAGAAUAUUGGAUUAUAGUUGAAGAUGCAUUCGAUGAAAAACUAAGUGAACUUGAUGAAUAUCGUUUUAUUCGUCAAAAAGAUGGUGAUAUUCAAAUAUGUCGUAAUAAUGAUUCAAAUACUAUAAAAACUAUUGCAUGUACUGAUCCACAACAAACAUUUUAUCCAUUCUUUUUUCUUAAUGGUCGUAUUGCAGCAUUUUCUUUAAUUGGUCUUAUUUCUUCAACAAACAAUGCAAUAAAUAAUAAUAAGAAAACGAAAGAAAAAGAUGAAAAUGCUGGUUUAUGCCAAAUUUGUUUGGAUACACCCGCUAGUUGUGUAUUAAUUCCAUGUGGACAUAUUGUUUUUUGUUCUGAUUGUAAAGAUUCAUUUGAGAAAAAAUUUUCUGAAAAACGUUGUCCAAUAUGUCGUGAUAAUUACAAUAAUGUUUUUCAAAUCGAAGAUGAUUAA